AUGCAGAACAACUCCAACAUGCCAGAACUAAAACUUGAAAAGAUCGAGCCGGAGAAUGUUGGAGGAGAGCUCAAGGAUGGGCAGCACCACUACGAGGGAGCCGUCGUUAUACUCGAUGCUGGAGCGCAGUAUGGAAAAGUCAUAGAUCGUCGUGUGCGUGAGCUAUUUGUCCAGUCUGAGAUCUUCCCUUUGGAAACACCAGCCUUUGCAAUCAGAGAACAAGGGUUUCGAGCUAUCAUUAUAUCUGGAGGACCAAACUCUGUGUAUGCAGAAGAUGCACCAUGGUUUGACCCAGCAAUAUUUACAAUAGGAAAACCAGUUCUUGGAAUCUGCUAUGGCAUGCAGAUGAUGAAUAAGGUGUUUGGAGGUACAGUGCACAAGAAGAGUGUUAGAGAAGAUGGAGUGUUCAGCAUUACUCUGGAUAACACAUGUUCGCUGUUCAGGGGCCUUCAGAAGGAAGAGCUUGUGCUCCUCACUCAUGGCGAUAGUGUGGAUAAAGUAGCUGAUGGAUUCAAAGUGGUUGCACAGUCUGGGAACAUUAUAGCAGGCAUAGCAAAUGAAUCUAAAAAACUGUAUGGAGCACAGUUCCACCCUGAAGUUAGCCUCACAGUGAAUGGAAAAAUGAUCCUGAAGAAUUUUCUUUAUGAUAUUGCGGGAUGCAGCGGUACCUUUACAGUGGAAAACAGAGAGCUUCAGUGCAUUCAAGACAUCAAAGAGAAAGUGGGCUUGUCAAAAGUCCUAGUUUUACUCAGUGGCGGUGUAGACUCAACAGUCUGUACUGCUCUCCUGAACAGAGCUUUAAACCGAGAUCAGGUCAUAGCUGUACACAUAGAUAAUGGAUUUAUGCGCAAAAGAGAGAGUCAGUCUGUGGAGGAGGCACUCAAAAAACUUGGGAUUCAAGUUAAAGUGGUGAAUGCAGCUCAUUCAUUCUACAAUGGUACAACAACCCUGCCCAUCUCAGAUGAGGACAGAACUCCACGUAAAAGAAUUAGCAAGACAUUAAAUAUGACCACAAGUCCUGAAGAAAAAAGAAAAAUUAUUGGUGACACCUUUGUUAAGAUUGCCAAUGAGGUUAUUGGAGAAAUGAAUCUGAAACCUGAAGAGGUUUUUCUUGCUCAGGGUACCCUCAGACCUGAUCUCAUUGAAAGUGCUUCCCUUGUUGCAAGUGGCAAAGCUGAAGUCAUCAAAACCCAUCAUAAUGACACAGAGCUGAUUCGGAAGUUAAGAGAAGAGGGUAAAGUAAUAGAACCACUGAAAGACUUUCACAAAGAUGAAGUGCGAGUGCUAGGAAGAGAACUCGGUCUUCCUGAAGAGCUGGUUUCAAGGCAUCCCUUCCCAGGUCCUGGUCUAGCAAUCAGAGUGAUAUGUGCUGAAGAACCUUAUGUGUGCAAAGACUUUCCUGAAACAAACAACAUUCUGAAAAUAGUUGCAGAUUUUUCUGCAAGUGUUAAGAAGCCACAUACUUUGCUGCAAAGGGUCAAAGCAUGUACAACCGAAGAAGACCAGGAGAAGCUGAUGCAGAUUACAAGCCUACAUUCACUGAAUGCCUUCUUGUUACCAAUCAAAACUGUGGGGGUGCAGGGAGACUGCCGUUCAUAUAGCUAUGUUUGUGGGAUCUCUAGUAAAGAUGCUCCACACUGGGAGUCUCUUAUGUUUCUUGCCAGGCUUAUACCACGUAUGUGCCACAACAUAAACAGAGUUGUGUAUGUGUUCGGACCACCAGUCAAAGAACCUCCUACAGAUGUCACCCCCACUUUCCUGACAACAGGAGUCCUCAGCACUUUACGACAAGCUGAUUUUGAGGCUCACACUAUUCUCAGGGAGUCUGGUUAUGCCGGAAAAAUUAGCCAGAUGCCGAUAAUACUGACACCGUUGCAUUUUGAUCGGGACCCCCUACAGAAACAGCCUUCCUGUCAAAGAUCUGUGGUUAUUCGAACUUUUAUUACAAGUGAUUUUAUGACUGGUAUUGCAGCAACUCCUGGUAAUGAGGUUCCAGAAGAGGUUGUGUUAAAAAUGGUGGCGGAGAUUAAGAAGAUUCCUGGCAUUUCUCGAGUGAUGUAUGACUUGACAUCAAAGCCACCAGGAACCACAGAGUGGGAGUAAUUAACUUUUUUCUAUUAAAGUACUGUGUGCAGUCUAAACCAUAUCAGAAACCAUUCCCAGUGUUGACAUGCAGUACUGUGAAAGAGUGACUGGAGCUGCUACAUCGCAUCAGAUUCCUCUCCUGGAGCAUAAACCUGCGGUUAAGACCUGGGGAUAAUAACUAAGUGGGGCUGAGGAUUUGUACGGGUAAAUAAUCAUGGCAGCAUUUCUGGUGCGCAGACAGAUUCCUAUUGCUUUUGCCUUUGUCUUACCAAUUCUUCCUGUUUUCAUGUGUUUUAUUGUUAACUGUCAUUUCAAUGUCUCUUUGUUUUUGUACACUCUGUAAAAAGAGACAGUUUAUUUACUUCUACCAAAAGCAUUGUUACAGCCUAAAAAAUGUAAAAUGAAUUCUUUGUGACCAACUGCUUUUGAACGGAUUUAUUAUAAAUAAAUAUUUUGCCAAAUG